AUGAAGAGAACAAUUGUGUUUCUUUGCAUUGUUGCCGUAGCCUGGGCAGCCCCAGUAAGUUCUUCUUAAUGGCUUGCGUAUAUGUCAGACAUGUCCACGGGCACGAAUUAGCCGUCAAAUGGGCGCAUGCAGAGAUGGAAAGGAAUAUAUUCUUACGUGAAAGCAACGGUUGUUGGGCAGAAGAACUCACAGGGCACAUUGUACUUAAAGACAGGUGAACAGUGCAUGGAAUUGCUUGAGAAACAUGCGUGGAAGAUUCCAGCAUGGGGUCUGAGCAGCGGCAUCAUUAACGCGGCAACAGGCCAGAACUCUGCACGUGCAACUCUGCACACGCAAGGCACGCUGUGGCCUAGAAACUUUCUCACGCUGCAGUAGGGCUCACAAAGCAUGUGCAAAAAGCCACCAGCCUGGCAUUCAACAGCAGCAGUCGCAGACUUGAGGGCUUGCUGAUAUGACAACCCUAAUUCCCUAGGAGGGAGGAGAGGCUGGCACCCAGCACAGUCACUAACUGCCCCUCCUCCCAAGCCAUACCUCCCCCUACCCAGAACCGCUGUAAUUGGGCCUCCCUUGCUCUCCCCCACGGCUCUCCUCCUAGGCACAUCCCACCAAGUGCCCUUACAGCCAGUGAAAAACCGUUGAAACACUAAAAAAAGAAUUUCAAAGGCUAUUAAAUUUAAAAACAAGUUAAAAGAGGAAGCCCUCUCCGCUGAGCAACAGCAGCAGUUCUUAUGAAGCACGUGUUAAGGAGAGGUAGGUAGCUGUGUUGGUCUGAUGCAGUCAAAAUAAAAACAUUAAAAAAUAGUCCAGUAGCACCUUAGAGACCAACUAAGUUUGUACUGGGCAGGGUGAUACCUCUGGUUACGAACUUAAUUUGUUCCAGAGGUCCGUUCUUAAGCUGAAACCGUUCUUAUCCUGAGGCGUGCUUUCGAUAAUGGGGUCUCCCGCUGCAUGCAUGCCUCCGGCGCACAAUUUCCGUUAGCAUCCUGGGGCGAAGUUUGCAACCAGGAGCAGCUAUUUCUGGGUUAGCGGAGUUCGUAACCUGAAGCACUCGCAACCAGAGGUACCACUGUAUAAGCUUUCGUGUAUCUGAAGAAGAGUGCCUGCACACGAAAGCUUAUACCCAGUACAACCUUAGUUGGUCUCUAAGGUGCUACUGGACUAUUUUUUUAAAUUUAUUAAGGAGAGAAUUGACUCAAAUUACAAAUGCAAAUUAUUUUUGGUGGGACAUUCUCAAAUUAAAUUGGUCCUUUUUCCAUAGCCUCUUUAGUUUAAAUCUUUCCCUGCUCCCGUUUUGCAGAAUUUUCUGUGUCGUUACAUAAAUUCCCACUACACAUCAGACCAAAAAAACCCACCAAUCUUGAUAUUCUCUGUUGGUUAAUUUUUAAAAGUGAGCUUCGAUUGCCUUUUCAACUUUGUUUUCUGAUUUAAAAGCUCUCGCAGAGUGAGCCAAGGGACAACAACAGUAGCAUCGGGAGAAAUCAGGUGAGUUCACCUUUGCGAAAUUUCUUGGCUAUGUGAUUUGAUUCUGCAAAGUUGAAUCAGAUUUCAGAUUUCCUUUGACAUGUAUUCAAGAUCCACUGCUCCUAGUAAGGGCUUAAACAUAUUGGCCCCUACUAUGAGCAAAUGGGGAGCCCAACUCUCUCAUUCCAAAUGCAACACAGCACAUAAGGUAUAGCCUGGGCAGAGAGUUACUCCAGGGCUGACCCACCCAUGAGGCAAGGCGAGGCAACCGCCUCUGGCGGCAGAAUCCACAGGAACAGCUGAUCCUGAUGUAGCUCUUUAUUCCUCCCUUGUUCCUGAUGUAGAUCUUCACUCAUGCACUGGAGGUGGGGAGGGGGGAUUAAGGCACCAUUUUGUGAUUUGCCUCAGGUGCCAAAAUGUAUUGGGCUGGUCCUGGGUUACUCUGAACAUUGUAGCUCUGUGAAGGGAACAGAUAUCCUCUAACAACUUGUAGCACCCUUAACAAACUGCAUCUCCCAGAAUUCCUUGGGGUGAAGCCAUGACUGUUCAAGCAAUAUAACAGUGCUUUAAAUGCAUGGUGAGGAUGCGACCCUACUGUGCUCCCACAAUACUCUGGCUGGUUUGUUGCAGAUUAAGAUGGAGUGGUGAACAUUUGGAUUAUUCUAAGUCUGAGGACCACAAUUCCUUCUUACAUACCAGUGUUGGGCAGUGCCAGAGGCAAAACGGGGAAGGUUUCCCUAGAAAGAGGGAAACCAUGAUUGUCCAAGCGUUAUAACAGUGCUUUAAAUGUUAUACUGUGUAUGCAGCCUAAUAAUGGCAGCUAUUCCUCAGUGAAAUAAACAAGACGAUCAGGUGAUGCUAUCUUUACACCCAACCGUGUCGUUUUGAUCCUGCACUCCUUUGAAAUCUGACAUUCCGCCCAGGCCUAACUUGGCACUUCCUGAAAAACUAAUAUUUAAAGAACAGCGGUUUUCCUGUCUGUGCCAAAUUAAGCUCCCAUUUUAGCUCUUGUCACAGGUGCCAGCAUGUGGCCUGAAGCCUUGAAAACAGCCCACCCACCCGCCAUUGUCGCCGUCAAUUAAGGCUAAGCAAGAUCAACAGCAGUCAAGCAAAACGUGUCAACUCCUUUUAUUUCUGGUCACCGGGGAGUGACCUCUAGCAGAAUAUUAAAAAAAAAAUGUGUUAGAAAAGGGUUUUUUUGAAAAUGCAUUGACAAAUAUGUUGCUUGAAAAGUUAUAGGAAUGGGUAAUAGAAUGUGACAGAUAGACAGGUUUUGGUGUUUUCUUAAAAAAGGAAUUGAAAGAGCAAUUGGAUUAUGGACAGAAGACCACAAACCCAUCUUCCCCAAAUUUAGGCAACCAAUUCUUCCUCUGUAGCUUUCUGAAAAUGAUAGCUAAGAGGGUUAGAUCACCUCUGGCCAUCCUGCAAUUUGAAAACUGGUUGGCACCCUGCUCUGAAAAGCAUUUAAAGACAUGCUAGCCCAGGGGGUCAGCAAACUUUUUCAGCAGGGGGCCGGUCCACUGUCCCUCAGACCUUGUGGGGGGUCGGACUAUAUUUUGAGGGGGAAAAAUGAAUGAAUUCCUAUGCCCCACAAAUAACCCAGAGAUGCAUUUUAAAUAAAAGCACACAUUCUAUUCAUGUAAAAACACGCUGAUUCCCGGACCAUCCGCGGGCCCGAUUUAGAAGGUGAUUGGGCUGGAUCUGGCCCCCGGGCCUUAGCUUGCCUACCCAUGUGCUAGGCUUAUUCCAAGAAGAAGGGGAGGGCCCUCCCUAGCCACCCCCCCUCAGAGCAUCACUGUUGACAGUGGGGAGGAUUCCCUGCUUGUGGCAGAUCCCCACAAUUUAGAACCCUGGAAGGUCAGGAUUCUAAACCACACGAGGGACCUACACAGGUAGAGAAGGCUCCCUGAAGUGGCAUGUAGAGGAAAUACUCCCAAAGAGACCUAUUUAUUUAUUUGCAUUGAUUUAAGAUCACCGUCUCAGGUUCCAGUCUCCUUUUGCAUCAGAUUCGUUUGUGAGACCCUUUCCACCGUGGCACCUUCAAUAUGGAAUUUUCUCCCUGGGCAACUCCAACAAGCCCUCUCUCAUUGGAAGCGAUUUUAUUCAGGAAAGCCUUUUAGGAUACAUUUCCCUUCCCCCUCACUCCCAUUGCCUCCAGGAAUUGUUUGACAUCUCUCUGGGCCCUCUGCGGGCUCAAGACCUCCUGUCACAUGACUGCCACGGACCACAUUAUGACUGCCACCGCAUGGUGCAAUGUCAAUUCUUUCCCACAUAGUCUCAGUAACACAAAGCCAGCCUUCAACUGAGUAUUGCAUGGUUCUUGCUUGGAGUCUUCCCACUUUUCUUUGAGCAAGGGUUGCCGCUCUGUGGUAGGACAGCUGCUUUGUAAGCAGAAGGUCUCUGGUUCAACCCUGGCAUCUUGUGCUGGUCCCGGGGAGGGGGGGGUGUUACCGUGCGGCAUGGUCUGAGUCCGGUUCUAGGUCGAGGGUAUGGAGGCUGUCCAUCAAGGGCGAAGCGGAGCCGGGCAUGGUCAGGAACUCUGGAGGAGCAGGACAGGGUGCUGGCAGGAACAGGUUACCAACAAUGUUGCUCCCGCAACCUGGGACUGGGCUGACUGGCCUUUAUUUCCUCUGAGGCCAGGGGCGGUCCCAGCCCACAGGUGACUCGCCUCUCCUGGCCUUAAGGCGAGCACUCCUUCUGUGAGAACUUAGUUCCCUCCUCCUCUCUGCCCUGAGCCUCUGCAGCUCCGGAGAGGCUGGAUGGUUACUGGACCCAGAGGCAACCUCACCUUCCCCUGACAGGGCUGGGAGAGGAGCACCUGCAGGCAAUGGGUCCUUGAUCACCUCGGGAGCCAGAGCGGAUUCAGCUGGUGUCUGCUCCUGAGGAUCCAGCACAGGUGAGGGCCCUUCAGGUUCAAGCCCCUGCCCCAGCUCAGCCGGCCCUGGAGGCAGGGACUCCUGUGUAGGCUGGGACUCCUCAGGUUCAGCUUCUGAAUCAGAUUCCCAGGCCAUCACAGCGAUGUUAUUCAGGAAAGCCUUUUAGGAUACGUUUCCCUUCCCCCUCAACCCCAUUGCCUCCAGGAACUGUUUGACAUCUUUCUGGGCCCUCUGUGGGCUCAAGCCCUCCUGUCACAUGACUGCCACGGACCACAUCUCCAAGUAGGACUAGCAAUGUCCAGUGAAACUCUGGAGGGCCACUGCCAGUCACGGUUUGAAACUCCUAUUGUGCCGGAAUCUCCACUCGGCCAAGCUGAUAAAGCUCACCUUCCGGCCGAGUCCUUCGGAAUUGCCCUCCGACGAAUAAUUAAUGACCUGAGCCUCUGAUAAGGCUCCAAGGCACGUUCCCCCAUUCAGCAGAGUUUCAAAGCAGCAGAAGUGAUGAGAUUUAUGGCUACAUCGCAAUGCUUUAUUUCUUACUACGCAGACAUCUUCUCUCUGUGAGAGCAGAGAGCAACUGAAACAAAGGAGCAAAGGAACAGAGAAACCAGUACGUCACAUCCGCCUCCCUUCUCCCGUGAGACUUCCUAUAGCUUGGACUGUCUCUGGAAUAUAAACAGAGCCUUGUGACUCUAAGCAGCUGCUCAGUGGCAAACAGAAACUAACAUAUUGUUCUAGGCGCGUUUUGUGACAGGGAAUUUCAUAAACACGAGCAGUUUCUGAGAUUUGGGUGCAGUACUGCGCCUAAGAUUUCACAUUAAAACUGCCACUGCUGGUACUGAGAGUGUGGGAGGAGAAAUUCCUUCCCGCUAGACUUCCAGUAGAUCUAGGGGCCAUCUUAUACACAGAAAAAUACAGUAAGGUUUGUGAACUGGACACUCAAGGUGGGUGUCUCUGCCCUAAAUAGGCCCUAAAUAUGUGUUGAUUCUGGUGCCAGAAAGAUAUAUUUAUAUGAAGGAAAGGGGGCGUAAGAAGAAUCCAGGGCUUGUCUGCAGAGUGGAAGGAAAGGAGGACCUUUUUCUGCCUCCCCACUUCCAGCCGCUCUCUGAAGACUGGAGAAGAGACCCUCUUAAGAAUAUUAGGGAGGCGGGCAAGGGAAGCAUGGCUUUGUGUUUUGCAGUCUUCUGGUGAGGACUAGAUCAUGUGAAAAAUGAACAUAAGAUUUUAGCUGCAGUUCAUUCACUUUCAGCUUUGUAUUCUUGUUAUAAAACAGUGUGCCUAGACAUUUUGCUGUUGUGCCCAUAACCUGGGUUUAAGGUGCACUUUAGCUCCUAGCUUUCAAAUCUCUGUUUCUAACAUUUCUGCUAGUGGAGACAACAUUGAGCUAGGAGGACCUAUGACUUGACUCAGUGUACGACAGGUUCCUAUGUUCCCUUUUCAUUUCUGUUCAGUUCCUGCUUCCUGAUUAUGUGUUUCUCUCCAUAGGAUGAAUCAAACGUGGGCCAUACCAGCAAACACGAUGGUGCAGAGAAUGACGAGGGAUUUUAUGAAAGUGGAAACAGUGGAAAUACCAGUGGAAAUACCACUGGCUGCAUCAACAGAGGAGAUGUUGGCCAUGAAGAAUGUGAAAGAAUCGAAUCUGCCACACAAAGAGAUAUAAUCAAUGGAGCUGAUGAUUUAGUGAAUGCUCUUGGAAAUGUUGGCAGAAGACCUGAGAGCAUCCCUAGUCAUGCCACAACAAAUGGAAGUAGAGAAAGGGAUGUUACUGGAGAGGGAAUCCUUAGGGGUAACUUGGAAGGUGGAAACUCAAGUGAUGCCAGUCGCGGGAGUGGAGAUGGGAGUGUUGAUUAUACCAUCCGAACAGACCUUUCGACAGUCACUCAAAAUGACGAUGGAAAGGAAAGCCACAUUGGUAACAUGGUUGCAGAAGGAUAUGGUGGCACCCCAGGAAACCAGAGUAACAACAUCCAAGGCCUAAAUGGUGCAGGUGGAAGUGAAUAUGCAAAUGCUGCACCUGAAGGAACUAUAACAAGGGCAUCUAUGAUAAAUAUGGUCCAUGGAGAAAGCAUUCACUGGGCUGAUGUUAAUGAAGCUGGCAGUGGUAAUGGCGGAGAUCCAAGUGAAGAAGGUUCUAGCGAUGGCUGGGGGGAUGGACGUGACGAAGACACGACAGCUCUGGGGGGAAAUGAGAGAGGGAAGCAUAGCAAUCAGACUUGCGACAAUGACAGAGAUGUUGGUGGAGAUGCUGCAACCAACGGAACUGUGGAGCUGUGCCUCAAAAAGAAACAGAAUAACACUCUAGAUUCAGAGGGUGUUGCUACGGUGAGUUGGGACCCAUGAUGGGGCAAUGUCAAGUAGAGAAGGAGCAGGUGGGAGGAGGCCGCUGAACUAUUCUGCCAAGCCCUGCCUUUGCCCCUGCCACCCCUCUCAUUUCUGCACUCUGAGACUAGAAAUAAGUAGAGCAGUAGAGCAGCUUGAGGGAGGGGUUGCAGGAACCAAAAGUUGGAGCCGGGGGAAGAGUUUAGCACUGCCUCCCAGCUGCUGCUUCUCUGCUUGGAAUUGCCACUUUAUACCAUUUUAGCACAACCCUCUUCUCAGAUGCCAUUCUCCUAGUGGACAAUUGUUCACUACAAAACAAAAACAAAACAAAAAAUGAAGGCACGUCUUCCUUCCCAUCUGGAAGGGUUGAUGUGGGGCUUUAAGCCCCUUUGCCUUCGGUUGUGGGUCCUGAUCCAGAUCACGCUACCUGCACUGCAGCAAAAGCUCCCAUUUGCAGUGGUACCUCGGGUUAAGUACUUAAUUCGUUCCAGAGGUCCUUUCUUAACCUGAAACUGUUCUUAACCUGAAGCACCACUUUAGCUAAUGGGGCCUCCUGCUGCUGCCAGAGCCUGAAUUCUGUUCUUAUCCUGAAGCAAAGUUCUUAACCCGAGGUACUAUUUCUGGGUUAGCGGAGUCUGUAACCUGAAGCGUAUGUAACCUGAAGGGUAUGUAACCCGAGGUACCACUGUACUCUAAUGAGAGCUUCCCUCCCUCAAUUGCAAACAGCAAGUGCAUGGGCCCAGUCUGGAGUUGGUGUCCAGUGGGGGGCAAAGGGUUCAAGCCCCUUCAAUCUACACCAGGGCCCCCCAUCUGCCUGCAGUUUAAAAUCCAUUCAUGGAAUUGCUAACUGAAUGAUUUCAUUUGGGAUUUGCUUGCAUUCUCCUUUCCUUUUGGUCUCCAGGGCGCUGGCGGUAGCAGUAACGGAUCAGUUGUGAACCACGCAGAUGGCAGCAAUGUGAAUGAUACUGGCAGGGAUGGGACCCCUGACAACAGAGAGGCCAUGGAUGGGCUUCCCAAUGCAAGCAGCUCUCAGGACGCCAGUGAAGGUCGCCUAGAGGAUGCCAGUGACCACGAGGACACCAGCGAAGCCGAGAGCAAUAGCGUUUAUAGUUUGAGUUCUGAACUCAUGCAAGGGGACGAGCCCGACAAAAGCCCAGAGUCUGAAGGCAGCCAGCAAGAAGCGUCAAGUGAGGCAAGCGAUGGGGAAGACUCAGAAGACGAGUCUCAGGGAGAAGAGGAAGAAAGUGCCAGUGAGAACGAGAGCAGUGAGCAGGCCGAGAGCAACAGCGAAGACAGUCAGCCGGAGAGCAGCGAGGGUGACGAUCAGUCAGACAGCGGCGACAGUGACAGCCAUCCAGACAGCAGCCAAGGUCAAUCUGAUAGCAGCAGUGGGAGCGAGUCGGAAAGCAAUGGAGAAAGUGAGUCUGAGAGCAGCAGCGAGAGUGGGCCUGACAGUAGCAGUGAAAGCGAUGGCAAGGCUGACGAAAGCAGCAGUGAGAGUGAGUCGGAUAGCAGCAAUGGGGGCGACAGCAGCAGUGGGAGUAGCAGUGAGAGUGAGAAAUCCAGCAGCGAGAGUGAGAGUAGCAGUGAGAGUGAGAGUGAGAAGUCCAGCAGUGAGAGUAGCAGUGAGAGUGAGAAAUCCAGCAGUGAGAGUAGCAGUGAGAGUGAGAGUAGCAGUGAGAAAUCCAGCAGUGAGAGUGAGAAGUCCAGCAGUGAGAGUAGCAGUGAAAGUGAGAAAUCCAGCAGUGAGAGUAGCAGUGAGAGUGAGAAGUCCAGCAGUGAGAGUAGCAGUGAGAGUGAGAAGUCCAGCAGCAGCAGUGAGAGCAGCAGCAGUGAAAGCGAAUCUGAUAGCAGCAGUGAGAGUGAAAGCAGCAGUGAGAGUAGCAGUGAGAGUGAGAAGUCCAGCAGCAGCAGCAGUAGCAGCAGUGAGAGCAGUGAGAGCAGUAGCAGUGAAAGCGAAUCUGAUAGCAGCAGUGAGAGCAGUAGCAGUGAAAGUGAAUCUGAUAGCAGCAGUGAGAGUGAAAGCAGCAGUGAGGACGACAGCGAAUCUGAUAGCAGCAGUGAGAGUGACGCCACAUCCGAGAGCAGUAGCGAGAGUGACAGCAGUGGUCCAUCGGACACCAGCGAAAGUAGCAGUCAAGCGGGGAGCAGUGAAAAUGGCAGCCAGUCAGACACUGAUAGCGAGGACGGUGGUGAGUUAACGGGCAGUGAAAGUGAGAGCGAUUCGGCAAACCAACCUGACGGCGAUAGUGAGAGUGCACCUCUGAGUGCGGAAAAUGGUGCUGCCAGCGACGGUGCUUCAGAUACAGCGGAAAUGGCAAGUGACGAUGAAUCUGUAGCAAGCGAGGAGAGUGACAGUGAUGCUCAGUCAGAAGGUGGAGACACUGAGAGUGAAUCCAUAAGUGAAGGCAGUCAGAGCAACGACCUAACCAGUGAUUAUUAA